ACUCACCAACUUCAUCCUUUGCUUCUCCCUGUCUCUCGGAUUUUAAAAUCGGUGGAGUUUUAAAAGCCUUCUCCCACGUUGCGGGCUGGAGAUAGACACAUUUAUAAUGGCAUUUUAUAGACUUUUCGUCGUUAUAGUUUCUCUCACUUGUAGCUUGUCUGUUGAGGGACAAGACAGCUUCGGAUUAUCGUAUGCUUUAAGAUCUGAACUGUCGGAGGAUGCUAUUCUUGUGGCCAACAACGGAAUUCGCGUGCCUUUUGGGAGAUCCGUCUACGUUGAUCCCAUCAAUGAUCUGGUGGUUGACGUUCAGCCGGGGGACAAGUGCAGCAUAACAGUCCUGGACAAUGAUCCCCUCUCCCAAAGACCCGGACAUCUCUCUCCAAAGAAGUUUCCUUGUGAAUUUGGUCCCAAUGAUGUCAGGUACUUUCAUUACGGCUCGAGGAGUCCCGUGAGAGACAGGGUGAGACUGCAACUCAGGUAUGACACGCAGAGCGACACGAUCAUCAUACCGUUCAUGAUGGAGGUGGAGGUAGUUUUCACACAGUUGGAAGUAAUCACCAAAAACAUGCCACUCAACGUCGACAGUUUUAAUGCUAACAGUAGUCCCAUUGACAGCAAAAUUUUGGGCUUUACCUAUGACAGAGAAUCCGAGCAAUGCGAGGUCACCUCUUUAGCCAGCAACAGCGCAUUACCCAGAUAUGGCAAACUUGUGGACGAUGGAGAUAAACUGGGAAAAAUGAUGGAUUGCGAUGAAUUCCUCAAAUCAGACAUUCAUUAUCAGCACACGUUUAGUAACACGUCGCCCAACAGAGACUAUAUCCCCAUGGUAGUUGAACUCUAUAAUAACGAGGGAAAUCUGUUAAAACAGGAAUUUUUCCAUGUUAUGGUUCGCAUACAACCGGGAAAAGAAAACAUACCGCCGAAGCCCAGCUUUGUGUCAAUGAUGAUGAUGGAAGUUGAUCAGUUUGUUAUGACGGCUUUAACUCCAGACAUGCUCUCAGCAGACGAUAUCGAAUCAAGUCCUGAAGAACUUAUUUUCAACAUUACCUCCCCUCUUUCUAUUGAGGAAGGUUAUAUUGUGAGCACAGAUGACAGGAAUUUGCCAAUUACUGCUUUCUAUCAGAGGGACCUUUUUGAUUUAAAAAUAGCUUACAAGCCACCUUCUCUUGACUCAGACACAGAGAGGAUUUUCCAGAUUGAAUUUGAGGUGUUGGACACUGAUGGUGGCAUUUCUGACCCCUUUGCUUUCAUGAUUGUGGUGAAGCCCAUGAACAGCCUUGCCCCAGUCGUGACCAAAAACACUGGCCAGCUAUUGUAUGAGGGUCAAUCCAGAUCACUAGUCACGUCGCACAAUUUAGAAAUCAGUGACGAGGACAAUUUGGACAGUGUUAAAUUAAGUGUCAUUGAUGGUCUCCGACAUGGUGAGCUCACUGUCCUUGGUUCCCGUAGAAAACAUUUCACCCCUGAAGAGCUAGAUGCAGGUGUGGUAGUCUAUCAACAUGAUGGGAGUGACACCUACAGCGAUAACAUCAUUUUCAGAAUGACCGACGGCAAAAAUGAAGUUGAGUUUCUGUUCCCAAUCACUAUUGUCCCUAUGGAUGAUGAGGCUCCCAUAGUCAAUGCCAAUACAGGACUAGUGUUGUUUAAGCACCAAAUGAUGCCAAUCUCCCCUCUAAUGCUAAGUGCAGCAGAUGUUGACUCUGAAGACUCAACCAUUAAGUUUACUAUUCAGCCUCUAUUCUCUACUAUUGGGGAGGUGCUGCUGAGGCAGUCUGAGGCCCCAGAAGACCCCUCUUCAUGGAAGUUUAACUCACAGGAUGAGGUCUAUGAAAAGGUGGUGUCUGAGUGGCAGCAGAAAGAUAUCACAGACGGAAAGCUUUUCUAUCGUCACACAGGUCCCCACAGCACCGAGACGGUCACUGACCAGUUUGUGUUCACAGUUGAGGAUGACAAUGACCCGCCCAAUCAGUCUGGAGAAAAUGCUUUUGUCAUCAGAAUCCUGCCCAUCGAUGACAUCCCACCCGUGCUGUUCCCAGGAACCAGUCUUCAGAUGACCGUGCACGAGUACCAGCUCACUCACUUCAGCAAGAAUGUCCUUCGUUACACAGACCUUGACUCUGAAGACCGCGACCUGAAAUACACAGUCAUCCAGCCACCGACAGACACAGAUGAGAACAACCCAAUCGUAUUUGGGUCUAUCGUUUUAACUGACAGCCCAGACACAGAGGUGCAGGACUUCACACAGGCACAAGUCAACCAUCACAAAAUUUCAUAUAGCCCCCCAGACAUAGAACUUGGUAUCAUUUCACAUGUGGUCCAAUUCCGUUACACAGUCGAAGACACGGCUGGAAACAGUGUGGAGGGAGUCUUUACCAUACAUGUGCAACCAGUGAACAACAAACCCCCGCAAGUUGUAAACACUGGCUUCACUGUGUUUGAACAUGGAACCCAAAUAAUUAAAACUGCUGAGCUUGAUGCCAGUGACCUUGACACAGACAAUGCAGACCUGACUUUCACUGUCAAUGUUCUUCCUCAGCAUGGCAAACUCCAGCUCAAAGGUAGCGAUGUCAGCAAAGGCAAUACUUUCAAAGUGAUGGACAUUGCGGAGGGCUCACUCUUAUAUGUACACAAUGGCGAUGAGAUCAAUAGUGAUUCGCUGCAGUUGGAGGUCACGGAUGGUUUCCAUCUGGUCCCAGUUAAUGUGAAAAUUGCAGUGAAGCUCAUCGAUGAUGAGGCACCCAAAAUCAACAUGCAAGCUGGGACAAUUGGAUCCACCAUGGAAGUCUUGGAGAAUGGCGCUACAGAGAUCACAUCCAGUGUUAUCCAGGGUGAAGAUGAUGACACUGAUGACCUCAUGUUGACCUUUAUCGUUGAGGAUGCCCCAGUUCAGGGGGAGAUCCUGGUAAACGGGGCUCCCGCAAGCAAAUUCACCCAGGCUGACAUCAUUAACGGGCUGGUAGUAUACGCUCAUACAACGGGAGAGAUUGGCCUCAGCACAAAACAGGAUGCGUUCAACCUGACCCUCUCAGAUAUGUCUGAUGAAUGGACAGUGGGCGGUAACAAAGUGAAUGGAGUGCGUGUCAUUGUCACUAUCCUCCCUGUUGAUAACCAGGCCCCCGAGAUUCAUAUCGAUCCUGACUUCAGUGUUUUAGAGGGUGGGAAAUCCUCCAUUAGUGACAACAUACGAGCUGAAGAUCCAGACACCCCUGUUGAGGACAUCAUGUGUACAAUCGUUGUCCAGCCUACUUCAGGUUACAUUGAGAACAUAGCCCCUGCCCCGGGUUCAGAGAAGUCUAGAUCAGGCACAGCUAUUAGUGCCUUCUCUAUGAAAGACGUUAUGGAUGGAAACAUCUAUUACGUGCAGAGUAUUCACAAAACAGUUGAGCCAGUGGAAGACAGGUUCACGUUCAGAUGUUCAGAUGGCGUCAACUUCUCAGAGAGGCAUUUCUUCCCCAUUCUGAUCAUCCCAACCAAUGAUGAGAAGCCAGAAAUCUUCGCCAGAGAGUUUUUAGUGAUGGAGGGCAUGAACAUUGUUAUCGACACUCCAAUCCUGAAUGGAGCAGAUGCUGAUAUUCCAGUUGAAGACUUAACCUUCAUCAUCUCGAAACCUCCUAAACACGGUGCCAUUCUAAAUCAGUUGGCCACUGGCUCCGUCCCUGUCACAAACUUUACGCUGGAGCAGAUCAAGGAAGCAUCAAGCAUCAUUUAUGAGCAUGAUGACUCAGAGAGCACCGAGGACAGCUUUGAUGUUAUCCUCACCGACGGGAAACAUAGAGUGGAGGAAACCAUCAAGGUUGUGAUCGUCGCUCUGGAUGAUGAGACACCCAGAAUGCUCAUAAACGAUGGCCUGGAGGUGGAGGUGGGAGAGACCAAGGAAAUCAGUAACAAGGUAUUGAAGGCCACCGAUCUGGAUUCAGAAGACAGCAUGCUUACAUUCAUUGUGCGAUAUGGACCAAGCCAGGGACUCCUGCAGCGGACGACUCCACAGGGAGGUCUGCAGAACAUCACAGUUGGCAUGAACUUCACGCAGGCAGAAAUAGAUCAGGGAGUAAUCUUGUACGAACACAAUGGUCAAGAGGGUGUCCGUGACCUCCUCAAGUUUGAUGUGACAGAUGGCUCCAACGCACUGAUCGACAGAUACUUCUACAUCACAGUCAGCAACAUUGACAUGGUCUUCCCCGACGUGGUCAGCAAAGGUGUGUCUUUGAAGGAGGGAGGCCGAGUGACGCUUACCACUGACCUGCUCAGCACCAGCGACCUGAACAGCCCGGAUGAAAACCUGGUCUUCACCAUCACCCGAGCUCCGGUCAGGGGGCACUUGGAGUGCACCGACACCCCGGGCAUCCCCAUCGCUUCCUUCACUCAGCUUCAGCUGGCCGGAAGCAAGGUCUACUACAUCCACACCGCUGACGACGAGGUCAAGAUGGACAGCUUCGAGUUUGAAGUCACAGACGGUUACAAUCCUGUGUUCCGCACCUUCCGCGUGGCAAUUGUGGACGUGGACAACAAGAAGCCUGUGCUGACUGUCCAUGAUUUGUUGGCAGCAGAAGGCCAGAGCAAGCUUAUCACACCGUUUGAGCUGACUGUGGAGGAUCAGGACACAUCUGAACGUCUCCUGAAAUUCACCAUCACCCAAUUCCCUGUUCAUGGCAAGCUGCUCUUCAACAACAGCAAGCCCGUCACGUCCUUCACCAAACAGGACCUGAAUGAGAACAUGAUCAGCUACAAGCAUGAUGGCACAGAAACCAAUGAGGACAGCUUCUCCUUCACCAUCACAGAUGGCACACACACUGACUUCUUCGUCUUCCCAGACACAGUGUUUGAGACGCGCAAGCCUCAGACCAUGAAGAUCACACUUGUGUCAGUGGACAACGGCGUUCCUCAGAUUGUGUUGAAUAAAGGUGCCACAACUUUGAAGAUGUUGUCCAUAGGUCACCUGGGCUUCCCGAUCACCAGCAAGGCCCUGAGGGCCGAGGACACAGACAGUCCUGCACCCUCCCUGGUGUUCCGUGUGACUGGCCAGCCCGAGCGCGGCCACCUCAUCAACCUGGCCAAGGGGAACGACUCCAUCGACACCUUCACUCAAGGUGACAUUAAUGACCAGAAUAUUUGUUAUGUGCUGAAGGACAAUGACAAUGCAACAAGCGACUUGUUCCACUUCUCUGUUGAAGACAAUGGAGGGAACAGCCUGAAGAACCAGCAGUUCCGUUUGACCUGGGCCUGGAUCUCCCUGGAGAAGCAGAGCUACGUGGUGGACGAGGAGGACAAGUUCUUAGAGGUGGUCCUCACCAGACGAGGCUAUCUGGGAGAAACUUCAUUUGUUGGCAUUGGCGCAGUCGAUGGCACCGCCGAAAAGGACAAGGACUUCAAGGGCAAGUCACAGAAGCAGGUGCAGUUCAACCCAGGCCAGUCUCGUGCCACCUGGAAGGUGCGUGUCUUCCCCGACAGCAAGUAUGAGCAGUCCGAGACCUUCCAGAUUGCCCUCUCCGAGCCGGUAAUGGGCGCACUGGAGUUCCCAUCGACGUCGGCCGUGGAGAUCGUGGACCCGGGCGAUGAGUCCACUGUGUUCAUCCCCCAGGCCACCUUUGCCAUCGAGGAGGACGUCGGUGAGCUGCUCAUCCCGGUGCGCCGCAGCGGUGAUGUCAGCGAGGAGCUCAUGGUGGUCUGCCACACACUGCAAGGCACUGCCAAAGGCACCGUGCCCACCUCAGUCCUCUCCUUCUCGGACUACAUCUCCCGGGCCGAGGACCCCAGCAGCCUGCUGCGCUUCGACAAGGACGAGACAGAGAAGUUCUGCCGCGUGGUGGUGAUCGACGACUCGCUCUACGAGGGCGAGGAGAGCUUCAACGUCACCCUCAGCCUGCCCAUGGGGGGACGUCUGGGGUCCGAGUUCUCCACCACUCGCGUCACCAUCCUGCCCCAUAGUGAUGACGCUCCUGUGUUCUAUUUCGGGGAGAUGGAAUACUCUGUGGAUGAAAGUGCUGGCUAUGUGGAAGUGCGAGUUUGGAGGACAGGAACAGACCUCUCCAAAGCGGCUGCGGUUACUGUCCGGUCGCGCAAGACUGACCCCAUUUCUGCCGAAGCUGGUCAGGACUAUGUGGGCAUCAGUCAGAAUUUGGACUUUGCACCUGGGAUCAACAUGCAGACGUUCCGGGUCACCAUCCUGGACGACCUGGGCAAGCCUGCGUUGGAGGGAACGGAGAAGUUUGAGCUGGUCCUGCGCUUGCCGUUCAACGGCGUCAUCGGAGAGCCCGGCAAGGCCAUGGUGUUCAUCAACGACUCUGUGUCCGACUUGCCGCAGAUGCAGUUCCAGCAGGUGCUGUACACUGGCCAGGAGAGCACCGGUGAGAUCUCAGCCGUGGUCAAGCGCAGCGGCGACCUGAGCUUCACCUCCAGCGUGCGCUGCUACACCCGCCAGGGCACGGCGCAGGUGGCGGACGACUUCGAGGAGAGGCCCAACACGGACAGCUCCAUCAUCACCUUCCUGCCAGGUGAGUCUGAGAAGCCUUGCGUGCUGAAGCUGGUGGAUAAUCUGCUCUUUGAGGAAGAGGAGGAGCUAAGACUGCGGCUGGGGACGCCAAAGAGCAACUCUCCUUUCGGAGCCAGUGUGGGCCCUCAGGAGGAGACCCUCGUUAAAAUCCAGGACUCGGACGACAAGCCCAUCAUCAAGCUGGGAGAGAUCAAGUUCAGCGUGAAUGAGCCAAAGGAGGCUGGUCAGGUGACCGUGGUCAAAAUCCCCGUGCUCCGAGUCGGUGACACCUCCAAGGUGUCCGUGGUGAGAGUACACACCAAAGAUGGGUCAGCCACAUCUGGAGAAGACUACCAUCCCAUCUCAGAGGACAUUGAGUUCAAGCAGGGCGACAAGGAGCACGUUGUGGAGGUGGAGGUGCUGUACGACGGUGUGAGGGAGAUGAGGGAGGCCUUCACCGUCCACCUGAAAUCCGACGAGAACAUGGUGGCUGAGGUCCAGAUGACCAAGGCCAUCGUCUACAUCGAGGAGACAAACAGCAUGGCGGACGUCACCUUCCCGUCGCUCCCGCGCGUCGUGUCCCUGCUGCACUACGACGGCGUCAGAACCAAGAGCGACGUCGGGUCCAAGGAGAACCUCCAACCCCCUGCUGGCUACCCUGUCGUCUGUGUCACGGCUUGUAACCCGCGCUUCCCCGACUACGAAAAGACGGGCUCCAUCUGUGUGAGUGAGAAUAUCAACGACACGCUGACGCGCUACCGCUGGCUCAUCAGCGCCCCCGCUGGGCCGGACGGCGUGACCAGCCCCAUGCGCGAGGCCGACUUCGACACGUUCUUCACCUCGUCCAAGAUGAUCACGCUGGACUCGGUCUACUUCCAGGCCGGCUCGCGGGUGCAGUGUGCUGCCCGCGCCGUCAACGCCAAUGGAGACGAGGGCCUGGAGCUCAGCAGCCCCAUCAUCAGCAUCAGCCGCGAGGAGGGCUUGUGCCAGCCUCGUAAAGUGGGCACGGUGGGCGCCGAGCCGUUCUCUGCCAAGCUACGCUACACGGGCGCAGAUGAUCCCGAGCACGCCAACCUGAUCAAGUUGACUGUCACCAUGCCCCACAUCGAUGGUAUGUUGCCUGUCAUCUCGACGCGCGCUCUGUCCAACUUCGAGCUGACCCUCAGUCCCGACGGCACGCGCGUGGGCAACCACCGCUGCUCCAACCUGCUGGACUACAACGAGGUGAGCACGCGCUACGGCUUCAUCACGGAGGACACGCGCAACCCCGAGAGCAUCGGCGAGACCUCGCCCUACCAGUACAGCGCCGCCCUGCGGGGCGCCGGCGCGCUGCGAUUCUACCGCAACCUCAACCUGGAGGCCUGCCUGUGGGAGUUCGUCAGCUACUACGACAUGUCCGAACUGCUCACCGACUGCGGAGGCUCCAUCGGUACCGACGGACAGGUGCUGAACCUGGUGCAGUCCUACGUGACGCUGCGCGUGCCCCUCCACGUCUCCUACGUGUUCCACUCGCCUGUGGGCAUCGGCGGCUGGCAGCACUUUGACCUGCAGUCCGAGCUGCGGCUCACCUUCACCUACGACACGGCCAUCCUGUGGCAGGACGGCAUCGGGAGUCCACCACAGGCAGAGCUGCAAGGUGCCCUGUAUCCAACCAGCAUGAGGAUCAAUGAACAGGGGCGCCUGGUGGUCAACUUCCGCACUGAGGCCCGCUUCAGGGGCCUGUUUGUAGAGUCCUACCCAGCAUCCAGCAGAUCUAUGGUCAUGAGUAUAGGCCACCCAGGCCUGACCUUUAACCUUUCACUGGUGCGGACUGAGCCCACAUACCACCAGCCAGUGCAGCAGUGGAACUUUAUGUCUGACUUUGCAGUGCGCGACUACUCGGGCACAUACACUGUGAAGCUGAUCCCCUGUACGGCUGCCAUGAAUGUGGAGUAUUCUGUCCCUCCUGUCUGUAACCCCAGGGAGCCCAUCACCUUUGACAUGGACAUUCGCUUCCAGCAGGUGAGUGACCCCGUAGCUGUGGAGUUCAGUCUGAACACGCAGAUGUUCCUGCUGUCCAAGAGGGACCUCUGGCUGUCCGACGGUUCCAUGGGCUUCGGACAGGAGAGCGACACCGCCUUCUCAGAGGGUGAGAUGAUCUAUGGACGAGUCAUGGUUGACCCUGUGCAGAACCUGGGAGACUCAUUCCACUGCAGCAUUGAGAAAGUGUUCUUGUGCACGGGAGCUGACGGCUACGUGCCCAAGUUCAACCCCAGCAAGUCUGAAUUUGGCUGCCUGGCAGACUCCCCAUCGCUCCUCUACAGGUUCAAAAUCAUUGACAAAGCUCAGCCGGAGACUCAGGCCAGGUCGUUCGGAGAUGUCCCCUUCAAUGCCCUCCUGGCAGUGGAUGACCCGUCAGCCCUGUCUUUAGUCAAACAACCAGGCUCCGAUGGCUUCAGGCUGGACUCGGACGCCAUGUUCCAGGUGGCAGCCGGGAGGGAGUGGUACAUCCACACCAUCUACACCGUGCGCUCCAAGGAGAAUGCAAACCGCGGCAUCGGCAAGAGGAGUCUCGAGUACCACUCGGUGGUGUCGGGCGACAACCUGCCCGCUCUGCCCUCGCGCUCCCGCAGGGCCGCCCCUGGCGGGGUGCCCGCUCUGGCCGAGAACAUCGGCUCAGACAGCAACCGGGGAACCAACAUCAUGCACAUCGCCCUGGACCGCAGCCGCUGGCGGGCAGGCUCAGCGGGCGAGCCACUGGCAGACGGCGUGCUGCCCCGGGAACAGAGCAGCAAGCGCGGGGAGGAGGACGCAGUGACGGUGGCCGGCGCCCUGGUGGGUCUCCUGCUCACCGUGCUGCUGGCGGUCAUCCUGGCGCUGGUGCUGCGCUCCCGUCACAACGGGGCCAAGAAGGUGGCCAAGCCCUCGGGCAGCAUGCAGCCGGUGAUGGUGACAGACAAGUCCUAUGACAGCGCUAACAGUUCAGAGGUUUGAUGGACAAAGUAGGACACUGGGAAAUACAGUCUUUUUUAUGUGUGUGUGUGAGAGAGUGUGUGUGCCACCUCUGUGAUAUUCUUGUCAUCCCUGUUCUUUUUGCAAGUGCCUCUCAAACAGUCAUCCCUUUGAGAUCAGAAAUCUACCAGUCCAAGAAAACUUCUUUCAUAAAAAAUAUGUAAACAACCGUUUGAUUAUAUAAAAGACUUUUUGGUCGAUAUGAAUGAUGGUGGCAUGUCUUUGUGAUAAUAUGCAUAUGGAUUUUAAAAGGAUAACAAUUAUAUCUGAAAGUAUUAUCAGUGAAAGAGCUUUUCAAGACCAUUGAUUUUUUUAGGCUCUAGAAAGUGACCACCACAGUACAUUAAAACUGUUCCCCUUGUUUCCUAAAACACCAUUGUUAAUGUAUGUGUGAGUUGUGUGUCCUUGAAGAGUAGAUUAUUUUAAAGUUUAUUUAAUAUUCAGAAUGAUUUCAAAUAAACUCAUCACAACUUUCUAAAUGUCUACUUGUAAAUGGAAUAAAACUGGAUGUCUAGGUGUUUCAUAUCCCAAGCAUGACAUUGCAGAGUCUACUUAGGCUACAGUGUAAAUUUCUGUAGUCAUUUGUGUGUCACAGUGACAUUUGUGAAUUUACAUAUUACACUUGUUCCACAUUUCCUCCAUCACAUGUGAUGUUUGAUUCUUCCCUUUCUUCCCUAGAGGACACUAUGUCAGGAUUUUUGUUUUUCCACAGAACAUCAAGUGAAAAGAUUGCAGUUUCUGGAUGUGCAGAAAUGUAUUUGAAUUUAAGGUGCAGAUACUGUUAUCAGAUUUGUCAGACUUUUUGAUUGUACAUUGGGGUAGCUGGAAGAGUUUCAAGCACAAUCACACUGGAAUGUAUUAAUGGCUAUAUUUCAAAUAAAACUAUUAAAAAGUCUGACUUUUAUCCGUAGACAGUCAAACUAUUGUGUUUGUGCCAUUGGACGCAAUGUAAACCAUGUGAGAAAAUUUUACACACUUACAAUCACAUUUAAGCUUGCUAUGCAAUGCAAUCUGAAAACACAAAGAUGUACCUUGUAUCCCUAUUUUGACAGAUUUUAUUAUAUUGUUCUUUUUACUUACCAGUGUAUUUUUUUUAUGGUCUGCGCCUGGUUUACCUGAAUUUAAUGUAUGUUUAAAAUAUGUUUAUGUAUGCACAUCUAUUUAUAGAUAAAUAUUGUUUGUUUGAGUCGGGAAAUGGUCAGGUAUUGGAUUCUUCCAAUGAUGCAUUUUUGUAACAGACCACUGAAGCACACCCAUAC